GCUAAUUACGAUCUGUUUACCCGCACGAGGGCGUCAUUGGCCCCUUGGUCCCAACCAAAUGUUGUCUCGAGGCGUGCGACGGGCAACGUUUGCUCUGCCUCGGCGCACAACAUACAGCACACAGCGAGCGUGUCGCAGAUUUCAGUCAAACUCUAGGGAGCAGUCUACCCACACCCCACCUGAUCCUAUAUCCCCUUCGCCAAUUCAGGAGCAUUUCAUCCAGAACACCGUCUUUACCUUUGGCGUCUUCAAACGCUUCCUCAAAUACUCCGCCGUCGGCCUCUUGACAGUAUCGGUGACGCUAUAUGCUGCGUUUGAGGGUACACACCAGUGGGUGGAACACGUUGAACUCGCUCCUGAACCUGAUGGAGAGACACGGAGGUGGCAAUGGCAUUUAGAGGCAGAGAAGUGGACGGGAGGAGAGAAAGGAGGAACAGAUCCGGCCUUGGGAUACUUUGUUCGCCAUUCCCUCCGCGCCGCGUGGAUGGCACAAAUCUGGGGUACAGGUUCAGGUGCGAGCGUCAUUGGAUCGAACGCGUUCACCGGCCGAGGUGGUUCUGGUGCGGGGGGACUGAACGUCGUGGAAGGAAGACUCGAAUAUGCUCAAGAGUUCGUCAAAACCGCUCUACGGAUAGCCGAGGGACGAAUAGCGUCGGGCAAGCUACAUGUUCAGACGAUCGGUGACCUCCUUGCGCGACAUGCGGACAUCAUGGAGCGGAUGGGCACGCGAGAUGCACUCUUCGAAGCUCGAGCCGAAUACGAAAGAGUAUGGGCUGCUCAGCCUGGCCAGGGUGUUUUGGCAGCACGCACUGCUCUCAAACUCGGAGAUAUUAACAGAAGGCUCGGCGACAAGGACGAAGCCAUGACCUGGUGGACUCGUGCGCUUGACCUCCUGCAGGGCAAGCAGUCACCGGCGGAGGCUGCCGGUAAACUUGUCAUCCCAAACACACUACCCUCCGAGCCCCUGACUCAGCGUACCUUCCUCUCGCUCCUCGUCUCCCUCUCCGCCUUCUACGCAACUUCAGGGCAGCUGCGUCAAGCGCAAAUCCUUGAAGAGCAGUCUCUCGAGCUCUUGCGGACAAUCCCGCAACCCGAGUCUCUACAGGCGGCGUCACCACCCCAGGCUCUCCAUGCGUUGUAUGUCCUCCACCGAUCUUCGCUUCUUUCAAUCCACCUCGCGGAGGUCCUUUAUGCACUCCGCAACAAACCAGUCGCUUCGAUUGAAUGGCUUACACGUGCUGCAGAGUCUGCUGAACGUGUCGCCCUCACCCUGACCGGCCUGCCACCCAUCCAUCCCGACGCACCUCAGUCUAAGAUCCCUCACCCGCCGUCAUCGGAAGCGGCGCUGACCUCUGCUUACACCAAAUCGGUCUCUAUGCGGAAGCCAGCACGCAGUCUCCUACGAGACUCACGCCGCACGGCUGCAGAGGCCUGGUCUCUUAUGGGCGUGCUGGCCGAGGCGUCUGACGCCCCUGGGUCGAAGGAGAAAGCGAUGGAAUGCUACGAGCGAGCGCUUGGCUGGGUUGGCGUCGCCGCGGAUGGUCCGGCCGGCAUAGGUAAGGCUGGUGAGGGCACUCUCGAGUCUGAGUGGAAAGUCCUUUGGAGCAACUAUGUCAGGGUGAGGGACGCAGUUCGGAGCCAUGAGAGAAAGUAGACGCACUGUGGCGGAAGCCGCGUUUGUAGCGGAAGAAGACUGUCUCAUGGUUUUUUACAUACAGCUGUGUAUUCUAGUUCGUGCACCGCCGUGUCGUUCCGUAAACACGCGUCCACCACGGGUCCGAACACCCACAAUGCAAAACAAUGCGAAGAGCUGCUGUCGGCGGAGUUAUCACCGUGCUCGGGGCUGCCUUCUGGGGCUGAUGUGCUGUUGACUUUGGACA